CCCGUCCACUUCAACCUGCGCCAAAUUGGACGCAGACACCCAUUGUCUUCAUCCUGUGAGGCGAUUAAUGCAUAAAUACUUAUUCGUCUUUGUUGUCUCGUAGGAGCUGCUCACUUCGACUUUCGUCAGCGUCUACGCACGAAUUGAGGAAAAGAAGACAUCAGUUCAAAGUUCACACACUGGCAAAGAUAUUCUAAGGAAAACAAAAAGUUUUUAGGCUGUUAGAUUCACGCUAAGCAACGGACGCAGAUUUAUUUGAUUUUUUUGGGCAUUUUUUUCUCGGCAAUGCGUUCAUUUGCAAUGGCUGCGAUUCUACUUGAUCCAGACGACAACCACCGUGGUAUCCAUCACAUAACAUUCUUUAGGAUGCAAUAGCGCAACAAACCUAGAGCCAAGUGACUUUUAUCUAUGUACUUGGUGUAGAUUGAGGUCAUGUGAUAAUUCCGUAAUAUGGACGGUUCUCGAGACAGAUAUCCAAGUGGCCGUAUCCUGGACGUAGGUUGCUAUCCCACUCUUCACAUCACCCAAAAACCAAAUCGAAAACAAAAACAACAACACCAAGUUCAUGUGACAUUUUCUUCGUCUAGUUCUGCAUUCUCACGUACAAUACGCUCAAAGUAUCUCACUCACCUUCUGGACACUUUCUCAAAGCUUAGCUCGGGGAUUGCAGUCAUGGCCUCGGACGGUAGCGAUACCGAGGGCAACCCUUUAAGUACUCCAUCGAAGAAAACACCGAAGCGUGCAACUAGCCGGCAGAUCAUUCGCUGGAGUGAUGAAAAGCUCGCCUUCGCCUUUGCGGAGUUUCGUCUUGCUGCGCAGCGCCAAAGAAUUGAUAUUAAGAAAGCACUUGACGAGGCAGCAAAAGCCGUUGCUCCAUUUGUCACUGGGGACGCACUAGUUCAACAGCUCACCAAACGUCGUGCGAGGUACAUUCAAGAUCAGGAGGAAGGUAAAGGCAACAGCGGCCCUCAGUCAGUCAGGAAGACGCCAAAAAAACAUACCAACAACUUUAAAGUUGAACCAACAGAUGGGGAACACGUACAAGUGCUAGAGACACCUACUUCAUCUGUGAAGCAAAAUCCUCGCUCAACAAAAACUAUCUCGCGCCAAAAUAUCAAACAAGAAUUGCAAAAAGGAAUAUCUGAUUCCGAGUCUGAAUACACAGAGUCACCCAGCAAGUCAAGGAAUAAGCGUACCCGUGCAAAGAAAGCCAUCCAAAAGAAGAGGAAGAAGAGGGCACUAGAAUCAAGGAACGAAGAAGAUAAAAAUGUCGAUGUUGAUGAAGCCGAGGAUGAGAUUCCACCUGUUCCUGGUGCCGCUUCUCCCACUACAAACUCACCCACCAGGCACAUCAAAUCUAAGCUCCACAAGAACCAGAAGCCCAUUCGUGGUCUUACCGCUAGGAAGCUGGAAAAAAACUUGAACGACCAGCAUGCUGUACAAUCAACGGAUCAACACCAUUCUCUUCAAAUCAAUAGUACAUCACAAUCCAACACCGACGGCGCAUCGGCUCUCUCGAUCCAUGGACUAGAGUAUGAUGGCUUUGCAAGCUAUGAUCAAGCGAAUCUCAAAUUUCCGCACCUUGAUGAAAUUUCCCUUCAUGAACCGCUCCAACCGCCCAAUGAGCCUUUCGAAGAAAAGGGCCAAGAGCUUUGCCGUGACAUGACCUUCACAAAAUACGUUCCUCAUGCAAGUGAAAUUGGUCAACCAAUGAGCUUCAACCUCAUAAGCCCAAGUGACGAAUCGUCGGACCAAAGCAAGUCGUUCGGACGCCAUUAUAACACUACCAGUUCAUUUCAUGUUCAUGAAGAUUGCAAACAUGUGCAAAAUAUUAGUAGCAACUUCUCGAGCAGCGGAAGUUGGCAAGUCACGUUAUACACUGCUACUCAGGCCGCCUGUCUAGAAGGGUCGUCGGGUACUGAUACCGUCGCACUCGGUCGCACCAGCUCACCAAGCUUCAAUGAAUAUAGUACCUUGAUCAAUGAAGAUCAAGAUGACUUCCGUCUUUGCGAGGAAACGGAGCAGCUUGACGAAGACGGAGAUCAAGAUCAAGACAAAGACGAAGCUGGCACCUCGACACCGAAGCAAAUUGCUCGUCAUCACGAGGAAUGGAGCUAUCGAAGGGAAUAGCACGAUCCACGGAUGGAUCAAGCAGUCGCAAAAUAUUUUGAUCUCUUCACGAUCAUCCGUAGGACCGGGACAUUU